GUGGCAGGAGUGGUUAAAAAUGUCGAUGUUUGUAGUCGAACUGUUUACUUGACGAACGUUACUUGCCAUUUAUAUGACCGUGUAAUACCUAUCAAAAAAAUCCCGUAUGUUUUGUUUCGGCGUAGUGGUUUUAUGCUGCUUUUUUCCCCCCGAAAGCGGGUUGUAUUGAUCGCUAGCCAAAUAGCUAGCUCGGGUUAUCUAGCGUUAGCCUACCGGCCAUAAACAGCUGGCUGUUAAUGUUCGCUCAGCAGGUCAUAAAACACGACCAUAACGAUAAAAACGGGGUGAUUCACAAACAUUGUCGCGGAGGUUGUGAAGGGAUGUAACUACUAAACUCACCAGCGAAACGCUGUUUCAACACCGGUGGAAAGCCAACCAUACAGAUUGUUACUGUCUGGGAUCUUUCACGAUACACUUCUGCUGCCACUUUAACAGUCUUCUCCAACCAUGUCUGUUGAAGUAGCCAUGAAGAACUUGGCCAUUGUGCCUGUCCGUGGCCCUGGAGAUGGCAUGGAGACAGAUAAACCGGUGGUGGCCCCGGAGAUCUCAGUGGAGACCCCAGCCUUGAAGGUACCGUCACCAAAGCAGCACUCAGCACUCAAGACUGCUCCAGCAUCACCACACUCUCCGGGAGUGCUCCACCUGGGAAAAGUGAACAGGGAGGCCUGCACUGAGGUGGAGGCUGUGAGGAUUGUGGUGCCCCGUGCUGCCAUCAGCCGAAGUGGCCGAGUCGGGGCUCACGAGAACAAAGGAGAUGACAGAGCCUCUCCGCAGCAUGGUGAGGACCGGCCACCCUCACCCUCUCCAGAGCCACAGGAUUACAGGAGCGCCCUGGAGAAGCUCCAGAACUCUGAGCGCAGGCUGCUGCAGGACAAAGAGGGCCUCUCCAACCAGCUGCGUGUUCAGACAGAGGUAAACAGGGAGCUGAAGAAGCUACUGGUGGCCUCAGUAGGCGAUGACUUGCAGUACCACUUUGAGCGACUGGCAAGAGAGAAGAACCAGCUAAUACUGGAGAAUGAAGCACUGGGCCGUAACCUCGCUCACACUGCAGAGCAGCUGGAGCGCAUGAGUAUUCAGUGUGAUGUCUGGAGGAGCAAGUUUCUUGCCAGUCGAGUGAUGGCUGAGGAGCUGACAAACGCCAGAGCUGCUCUCCAGCGGCAGACCAGAGAGGCCCAGAGCGCCAUCCAGGACCUGCUGCUCGAGAGGGAGGAAUUCUCCCGAGAUAUGAUGUACACGCAUAGGUCUCUGGAGCAGCUGCUAGUCUCCUUGCAGUGGGGUAGACGGCAAACCUACUACCCCAGUGCCCAGCCUCUCAGCACCGGAGAACUCGCUGCAGCCAAUCGCAAGCUGGCUGAUGCCAUCAACUCCCACCUGCUGGGAAAUGUGGGCAGCAGCACUUGCAACACUACUGUGAAGAGCAGCCAAGCUUCAGAACUCUGCAAUACGCCGGCUGAGAAGAUGGCAGAGAAGGUACUCAGAAAUCUAGACCCCAUUGCCUGCUCAGACAACAAAGGUGAGCCGGCAGCUUCUGACCCCACCACUUCUCCUUUCCUGCCCAACAAGAAAAGCAUCGGACGUUUCCACCCAUACACUCGAUACGAAAACAUCACCUUCAACUGUUGUGAGCGCUGCUCUGGGGAACUUCUAGUACUCUGAGAUGAACUUAUCUUAAACUAAUGUCUACUCUUACCUCCAGUAGACAGCAACCUUAUUCAAUAUUUUCUUUCUUUUGCAACUACGUUUUAUUAGAAAGUUGGAUAGGAGCAGGUAUUUAUUCAGACUAGAUCAUUGAUGGUCAUAUCAGAAGACAGAGACCACUACUGUACUGUCGUGACAAUAGGGCUGACUUUCUUACUGUUUUGUACAACUCAGUGGUCUUUAUCAAUAUAAAUCAUGUCAAAUAACAAUAUGUUGUCUAUUUUUGUGAAUACCAAAGAGAGAGCACACAUGGACUCGCUCAACAAGUCUGACCAGCAUACAAUGAAA